AAUUGAGUCACCUCUUAUUAGAUUUAUUAUCAUUGUAACAACAAACCUGUAGAUUUUCAAAAUGGCCACCGAUCUACCGUCUGAGAUUCUUCAGGCACUCUCUCAACAUGACAAUAUCCUUUCCUCGGAAGCAUUCCCUCUCCAAAAGUCUACGGACAUCAAAGGUGCUUUGGAUCGACUUGGUUCAAGGUCUAUGAUUUCAUAUGAGACAAUAGAUCGAGAAGAAGUUAUACUGGAAGCCGAAGCUGAAGAAAUUGCAAGCAAUGGGAGCCACGAGGCACGAGUUUUCGAGGCUUUACAAAAGGCAAUGGACGGGCUCACGGUUUCAGAAUUAGAAGCUGCUGUAGGCGAUAAGAAUGUGGUCAAAGUAGGACAGGGUAAAGCAUUCAAGUCGAAAUGGAUUGCAAAAGGUAAAGAUGGCAAGCUGGUAGCAUCCGUAAGUUGUUCCCCAAAUACAUACACAAUUUUGAAGCACGUGUCCUAAUUGUUGCAGAUCGAUUCUAUCCAAGAUGUAACUCGAGAACAGCUUCAGAUUAUACAAAAGACGCGUGCGCAUCCAGAUCCAAAAGUCAUAACAGAACUCAAGAAACGUAAGCUGGUUAAGAUGCAAAAGGUUACUAGCUAUAAGAUCUCGAAGGGACCGAAAUUCGCCUUAGAAAUGGUCAAGGAGGAGACAGAUUUGACAGCAGACAUGCUUGCAUCGUGGGUUUUGACGACGCCUUUGGUUACGAAAAAGUGCUUACACAUUUAGGGGUGUCUGGAAAACUGCUGCUUUCAAACCAUAUAACUUCAAAUCUCUUGGAGCAGACCAAAACUCUGGUGCAUUACAUCCGCUGAAUAAAGUACGACAUGAGUUCCGCCAAAUCUUCUUCGAAAUGGGUUUCGAGGAAAUGCCUACGGAUAACUUUGUUGAAACCGGCUUCUGGAACUUCGAUGCUCUUUUUGUCCCACAACAGCAUCCUGCUAGAGAUUUACAAGAUACCUUCUACAUAUCGGAUCCCAAAACUGCAGACAAACCACGCGCAGUGUCUGAGGAGGAUAAAGCAGACUAUGAGACAUUGUGGAAGAACGUACAGGAAGUUCAUCAAGAAGGAAAAUACGGAUCAAUUGGUUAUAGAUAUCCAUGGGCUGCGGAUGAAUCGUUACGCCUAGUUCUUAGAACGCAUACGACUGCGACCUCGACAGCAAUGUUACACAAGUUAGCUCAACAAAAAGGACCCGAUGGACGACCACCCCCAGCAAGAUACUUCUCCAUUGAUCGUGUAUUCCGUAAUGAGACUGUGGACGCUACGCAUCUGGCUGAGUUUCACCAAGUUGAGGGUGUUAUCGCAGAUUAUGGAUUGUCUCUCGGAGGUCUAAUGGAAUUCAUGGAGGUCUUCUUCAACAAAAUGGGUCUCGAAGAUUUACGCUUCAAGCCAGCUUACAAUCCUUACACUGAGCCAAGUAUGGAAAUUUUCAGUUAUCACAAAGGUCUCGGCAAACUGGUCGAAAUUGGAAACAGUGGAAUGUUCAGACCGGAGAUGUUAGAGGCCAUGGGUUUACCAAAAGAUAUGAAAGUUUUCGGUUGGGGAUUGAGCUUGGAGCGUCCGACUAUGAUUAAAUACAAGGUAAGAUAUCCUCUCACGCUCAUGAACUGCAAGCAGCUAAUAUAAUUCGUCUUCCAGGUGAACAACAUUCGAGAAUUAUUAGGCCACAAGGUUGAUUUAGGGUUCAUCGAAAGAAAUCCAGCUGUCAGAUUAGACAAGACAUAAAUGGUUAAAUAGGUUCAUAAAAUGAAUGAUUGCACAAAUAAGAGUCAAUUGAUACCCGUGCAUUUCUUUAGUCA